CAAGUUUAAGUCAUUGGUGACAAUGGCGCUUCCUCAACCUCCAACCUUUUUGGUCAGCUCUAUCUCAAAUCUCAAAUCGCAGCCACACAGGCAGAAGCCAGAAGGGCUCUCAUCAGUUCAUAAUUAACCCCUCAAAAUAGCUGUACUAAGACUCUGUUAUACCAACCGACUUCAUUUAUUAUUCCCAACAAAGACCAAUUUUACAGUGAAAUCUUGAUGAAGAAUUGAUAUUACCUUUCCACCAACAAGAACCCAUUUCAAGAAUUUCAACUCCAAUGGAGUCCAACACCUCUCCCUCCAGUCCCAUUCCCAUAUUCUCCACUCUCACUUCCCCAUUUGAGAGCUCUUCCAAGAAGAGUGAUUCAACAAGGAAGCCCCUCAGUUUGUGGCCUGGAAUGUACCAUUCCCCAAUGACAAUUGCCCUUUGGGAGACAAAGUCCAGCAUAUUUGAGAGGCUUCUUGACCCCCCACUUGAUGCUCCCCCUCAGACUGAGUUGCUUCAAAAGACCCCAUCUCAAAGCAGAAUGACCAUUUUGUACAACUUCUCCACUGAUUACAUACUGAGGGAGCAGUAUAGGGAUGCUUGGAAUGAGGUCAGAAUUGGGAAAUUGCUUGAGGAUCUUGAUGCUCUGGCUGGCACCAUUUCAGUGAAGCACUGUUCAGAUGAUGAUAGCACUACUCGACCGCUCUAUCUGGUGACUGCUUCCGUUGACAAAAUGGUGCUGAAGAAGCCCGUCCGUGUUGAUGCCGAUCUGAAAAUAGCUGGUGCUGUUACUUGGGUUGGCCGGUCGUCUAUUGAGAUUCAACUUGACGUCACUCAGCCUGCUAUUGAGACAGCUGAUGCUGCUGAUUCAGUUGCUCUGACUGCCAACUUCAUUUUUGUGGCCCGUGACUACAAGACGGGCAAAGCUGCUCCAGUGAAUCGGCUGAUUCCGGAAACAGAAAGAGAGAAGUCACUCUAUGAAGCAGCAGAAGCGAGAAAUAAACUGAGAAAAAGGAAGUUUAGAGAUGAAAAAAGGGAGAUUGAGAAUGGAGAGGCGAAUAGACUUGAAGCAUUACUUGCUGAGGGUCGAAUCUUCUGUGACAUGCCAGCCUUGGCAGACAGAGACAGCAUUCUUCUCAAAGAUACAUGCCUUGAGAACUCUUUAAUUUGUCAGCCGCAGCAAAGGAACAUUCAUGGUCGUAUUUUCGGAGGAUUUCUGAUGCACCGUGCAUUUGAGUUGGCCUUUUCAACAGCUUAUACUUUUGCAGGCAUGAUGCCAUCCUUUCUGGAAGUUGAUAAUGUUGAUUUUCUGAGACCAGUGGAUGUCGGAGAUUUCUUACGUUUCAAAUCUUGCGUGUUGUACACAGAAUGCGAGAGUUCAGAUCGGCCACUUAUCCACGUAGAAGUUGUGGCACAUGUUACGAGGCCCGAAUUGAGGUCUAGUGAGGUUUCAAACAGGUUUUACUUCACCUUCACAGUUCGUCCUGAGGCGAAGGCGAUGAACAACAGCCAUAGGAUCAGGAAGGUGGUUCCAGCAACAGAGGAGGAAGCCCACAGAAUCAUUGAGCGAAUGGAUGCUGAUUCAUUGUAGUCAUUCUGCUAUGUAAUAACAUAUGAACAGGGUCUCAGACCAAGGCAUUUUGUGCUGGAUUUCUGGUUCUGAAAAUAGGAUACGAGCGUCAGAUGUCACAAGUGUUGUUAUUUGUAGUAAUCUUUGGUUGUUAUGGGGAUUGAUGGUUUUUAGAUGAAGAAAGCAGCUAUCCCUUCUAUGGAAAUUGAGUAUUAUAGCUGAGGUCUGGAGGUUCUUGUUAUUGGCUGGUCAUACACAUUUCAGAGCACUGUAUGCGAAAUGGAUAGAGAGAAAAAUGUAGAAUAUAGUUUAUUUUCAUCAAGUUUGAUUGGAAGGAACAAUUUCACAAUAAUUGUAAUACUUACAAUCGAGCAUCAAUCAUACAGUAAGUGUAUUAAUUCAAAUUU